AUUUUCCUCACCCUCUCUUCUCACACACGACAGAUCUCUCUCUCUCUCUCUCUCUCUCCGUCCGACGCACCCUCUCCCUCUCUCUCUCUCUUGGGUCUUGCAUCCAUAGCUCAAACCCAUGGAAACCCAACCUCUCUAUGCCGUGUUCUAACUUCCCCGACGUGUGAGUUGCGUUGAUUAAGCUUGGAAGGGGUGUAUCUCGGUGGAUUUCGAAUUUGAAGCCCUAGAGUUCGAUUGAGCUUGAGCUUGUGCUUUCGAUCUUUGAGGUACACCUCAAGGGCAUUGAUUUUGGAGUGCAUGAAGUGCAUCUUUUACAUCGUAUCUUUUGAAAGCCGACAAUCAGGAGUUGUUCUAGCAUCUUUGUAUACUCCCUUUUGAAAGAUGCAAUUGUAACUUCAUUUGAACGCUUUUGACUUUGGGAAUCAUGUAAUCGCUAAACUUAUCCUCUUUUGACUAAUUCUGGAAAUUGGGCCAAGGUGUCAAUAUUGUAACUCUAUUCAAACUUGAUUUUAUUCUCUCGCAUGAAUUAUGAAAAAUAUUUUGGGGUAUUAUGAUGUAUUAUAACGUUGGACUUUUGUUGGAAAUGCUAUUAUUAUUAUGUUGAAAAUCCAGGGCGUGACAACUUGGUAUCAGAGCAUAGGUUUAGAAUACCUCGAGACCGUUGGGAGACUUUUAGGUUCAUGGGUUCAAAAUCAUUACAUUUUAACAAAGCUUGGGCAUACCUGUGUGAGUGACAUUCAUUCAACUAUGUGGCAUUGCAUUUACGUUACUGUGGGCUUGCAUAGAGUUGUUAGACCAGAUUGGUGGAGUUAUAGAUUCGUAGUAUAUCUGUUGUUGAUGAUCUCUUUAUUGUUUCUUUGUAGAGAGAUGCCUCCAAGACAUGAGAAUAGACAGGGUAGGAUUGGGAAUCUGAAAAUGGGGGCAGGACAGAAUCAACUUGCUAGGGAAAUUGUAGCAGCACUUGCGGCAGCUAAUCUUUUACAACCACCUCCUAGGGAGAAUGCGGACAAUCGGGCCUUAAUAGCCAUGCGAGAGUUUAGCCGUACGAAUCCACCUCAGUUCGAUGGGGAAAGUAACGAUCCUCUUGUAGCCGACCAUUGGCUUGCACACAUGCGUAAGAUCUUUAAUGCUCUCAAGAUUACGGAGGACGACCUACGGGUGAGUAUAGUAGCUUGUCAACUUACCGGUGAGGCGAAUGAGUGGUGGGAAUCCAUUUUAGGAGUAAGGAGAGACGCUCGGAGGGCGGCUAGGGCAGAGAGUCAAGAAAAUGAGCCGGAUGAGGAAAACCUAACUUGGGCUAAGUUUGAGGAGCUUUUUGAAAACCAAUAUUUUCCGGAGUCGUAUCGUGAGCAACUUAGAAUCAAUUUGAGAGGUUAGAUCAAGGUAACAUGGCCGUUUCAGAAUAUGCUACUAAGUUUCAGACUUUGUCCCGUUUUGCACCAGAGUUAGUUGCAAUCGAGGAUAGGAAAUGUAGGCGUUUUGAGAAAGGGUUACAUCCGUCUAUCAAGAAGUUUGUGGUAGGUCAACGAAUUGGAAGGUUUUCUGACAUUGUCGAGUGCGCUAGAAGUAUUGAGUAUACAGAGGAGAUACCAAAGGAAUUGAAAAUGCGGGAAUCAAGGCAACAAGCCAUUAGCAAGAAUGUAUCUAUAGAAACGUUUGAGAGCCAAGGAAGGAAGAGACAAAGAGAUCAAUUUCAAUCCACCUCAGGCCAGCAUAGUUCAGAACCACCUAACUUUUCUAGGACGUCAGGAGUAUCGUUGGGGUCAACGAUUGUGUGUUAUCGGUGCCGUCAGUCGGGCCAUCGUGCGAUGGACUGUCCUCAGGAGAGAGAAUAUCAUGGUCAGAGGCCACCUCGGGUUUGCUACCGGUGUCGUCAUCCGGGGCACUUAGCGGUAGAUUGUCCACAGCCGACAAGCAGAGGGAACAUGCAGAGACCCACGAGGUCAGGUCAUGCACCAAAUACCGAAUUGCGAGGUAACAUAAAUUCAUAAGUUGAUGUUAUGAUUACUUAUGCAUAGUUGAAAUGCUUACUUGCCGAAUGAUUGCCAUUGUGAAAACGUAUGGUCUAGUCUAGUAUCGAUUAAAAUUGCGGAGUUAUCUAUGUGAACUUGUCUAGCAAAAAAAUUUGAAUGGAUGUGCCACCUGGAUUAGCUAAAUGAGAAGACUCAAAAUUAAUAAAUUGAAUAGAAAUCGUGGAAGGACUUAAGGGAUUGAAAUGAACUUGAUUACUGUUGGGCUUCUUAGAGCCAUGAGAUAUGAAGUAAUGGGCACUCUGUGAGCCCGUGGUGGUUAUAUAGGGUACUGUGUGCACCCGUGAUAGUAUUGGGCACUGUGUGAGCCUGUGGUAUCUUGAAACUGUGUGGGCUCGUUGUCUCUUGGGUACUGUGUGAGCCUAUGGUUGUAUGGGGCACUGUGUGAGCCUGUGGUUGCACUGGGUACUGUGUGAACUCGUUGGUGUGCUUGUGUGAGCCCAAUGGGUACUAUGUGAGCCCGAUGUUGCGAUGGGUACUGUGUGGGCCCUAUGUCGUGAAGGGUACUGUGUGAACCCGAUGUUGCGAUGGGUACUGUGUGGGCCCUAUGUCGUGAAGGGUACUGUGUGAGCCCUAUGUUGUACUGGGUGCUGUGUGAGCCCGAUGAUGCAAUGAUGUAUUCGGUGAUGUGUGGACUGUUAGUUGACACGGUGAAUCCGUGGGCCAAUUGAUUUAUUUAGCUAUUGGGUGCAUAAGAUAUGUUGCUAUUUAGUUUCAACCUGCAUGUUUGAUCUGUUAUGUAAACAUAGUGUAUGAAAUUGGCAUUUAGAAUAUGGUGAUGGAUAGAUAAUGAUAUGUGUGUGGAUGUACGCUACGUGCCAAAUAAAUGAUUGAUAAAAGGUGUUUGAGUUGGGAUGACUCGAAUCUCUUAGUUAUGUGUGACGCUAUGUGAUUAUUGGAACCUCUCGUCCCAACUCCUUAUUUUAUCGCAACUUAUGAUUUGAUGAUUAUUUUACAUACCUUUCAAUUUCGAUAUUAUGGUCUUAUUGAGAUUACUGCUAGCUUAGUUGAUCCUUCAUAAAGAUAGUGAAAGAGCAGGAUUAGUUUGGACGUUGCAAAUCCAUGUCAAAUCUAAAUUGAGUUCUUUACUUGGGGCGUCGGAUGAGUACAUGGAGGAAUGUGGAAUAGCAACACUUUGUUUCGAGAGUUAUUUCAAAUGUACCUACUUUGAACUCAAAGACUUUAAAAAAAAAAGAAAAAGAAAAAGAAAGAGGAUUUAAUGUUUGCGAAAAUUCAUCCUUGGCAUACUUCAUCUUUGGGAAUGAAUGGAAGACUACUUACUCUUUUUCUCUUAAAAUAAGUGUGGAGGUCUCGGGUUGUAAAAUUUGGUGGAUGUAUAUUGGGUAUCUACGUAUGAACAUUACUGGUAUUUCGUUAAUGGAAAUGUCUUAUUAAUAUGUUUGAAAAUUGAGUUGAACUUAAAUUUUUUUCUGAAAAAGAGUGAUGCGAUAUGAAAGUUGAUUCUUUGUAUAAUUCGUUUUGGAAAUGAUAAUGGUUCAAACUUGGAGUCGAAAACAAAAGCGGAGUGGAUCCUAUCCUGAAUUCAUUUCUAUACUUCCUAAAUUAUUGUAAUUUUCAGGUGACAUAUGAGGUGUUUAUGAAUGGUCAUUGACAAUGUCUGCCACAACGAAUAUCCCUUUUCAGGAUUUUGUAAAAUUUCAUGAUGGAAGGACAAGUUUUAAGACUUUGAACUACUUGGACUGUAUGUAUGUGUGUGUGUGUGUGUAUAUUUGCAUGGCUGAUUUAUCGUUGAAAUGGCUUAUUGGCAUUCGAGAUUACAAUCGUGCUUUGGAAACUGUAGGCUGGAAAGUCAUGGUCGUCAUUUACUUUAGACUUCAUCGUGUCGGACACCUUGACAGUGAGCUAGUGUUUGUUUGUUUGUUUGUUUUUUUUUUUUUUAAGAGAACUUGUCUUUAGUAAGCUUUGAGAACAAUUAAAGUUUUACUUGUGUGAGUCUUGGGAACGAGAAUAAGUCGAGAAGUAAGAAAACGAGAUGAAAAAAAAAAAAAGAAA